AUGGAGUGGAAAAUUUGUGAAAAUUUAUAUGAAAUACUUCCAGAUAGUGAGCCUGAACCAUCAGAAAAUGAAUCUAAUUCAUCAAACACUUCGCGCGAAACUUCUUGGGGAAAUCGUGGUGAUAAUAAUGAAGACACUGAGACUAACAUUAUCAAUAACCAAUCAUUAAAUAAUAUUCAUAGAAAGGAUGAGCCAGCUACCAUUCCAACUAUAUUGGCCCAUCAAAACUCAAAAGGAAAAUGGACAAAUCAAGAAGUAGGUAUCCUUUUGAAAUUUAUUUUGGAUAAAAAAGUUAAUACUGAAAGAAUUAAACAAUUGGGGAUUCAUAGAACAAAUGCAAUAUCCAAUAAGGCAAGAUUAAUGAAACAACAGAUAAAAAAUUUAUUUGUUUAUAAAAACAACAUAAAUAAUAAUAAUAAGCCAGAAUUACAACAGAAAAAAGAUGCAUUGGAAUAUUGGCUUACUGAACAUUUACGUGAGAGGUGUUUAACGGCUUUAGAUCUGUCAGAUCAUUUCGACACACUUAAUAGAGAAGAUAUAGUUAAAUAUGUGGCUUUUUAUCAGCAUGAAAAUGUUCAAAUUUUAGUAGUAAAAGAUUCUUUGGAAUCAGUUAAUGUUUAUAAAAUUGUUGAAUAUGUUGUAUCUCGACAAGAUCAAACCACCGGUGUUUUCACAGGGGAUGAACAAGGAGAAAUUGUUUAG